AUGCUCGGUGGGUACCUCAGUCAGAGAAAAAGCGCAAGAACUUUUCCUGGUUUUCCAAAUCGUCCCCAAAAUGCAUGCCCAGUCCCGUGCUGAAGAACUUUCUGGGAGGAAAGAAAUGGGCUGCGUGGGAAAUCCAGCCUGCAGGGCCUUCGCCUCCCCAGCCAGAGCCCUGGAGGGUACAGCAGGAAGGACUGAGGAAGGAAGCAGUGCCUCCUUCCCCAGAGGCCUCGUGGGGGACACUGAGCCAGGCACACCUGUCUCCUGAGUGCCUGCUACAUGCCCAGUGCUGGGGACACAGCGGUGACAAGAUGAACAGACUCCCGGAUGGAGGGCUGCUGGAGUGUGAGUGUGAGUGUGUGUCUAACAGACUCCCGGACGGAGGGCUGCUGGAGUGUGAGUGUGAGUGUGUAUGUAACAGACUCCCGGACGGAGGGCUGCUGGAGUGUGAGUGUGUGUGUCUAACAGACUCCCGGACGGAGGGCUGCUGGAGUGUGAGUGUGAGUGUGUGUCUAACAGACUCCCGGACGGAGGGCUGCUGGAGUGUGAGUGUGAGUGUGUGUCUAACGGACUCCCGGACGGAGGGCUGCUGGAGUGUGAGUGUGAGUGUGUGUCUAACGGACUCCCGGACGGAGGGCUGCUGGAGUGUGAGUGUGAGUGUGUGUCUAACAGACUCCCGGAUGGAGGGCUGCUGGAGUGUGAGUGUGAGUGUGUAUGUAACAGACUCCCGGACGGAGGGCUGCUGGAGUGUGAGUGUGAGUGUGUGUCUAACGGACUCCCGGACGGAGGGCUGCUGGAGUGUGAGUGUGAGUGUGUGUCUAACGGACUCCCGGACGGAGGGCUGCUGGAGUGUGAGUGUGAGUGUGUGUCUAACGGACUCCCGGACGGAGGGCUGCUGGAGUGUGAGUGUGAGUGUGUGUCUAACGGACUCCCGGACGGAGGGCUGCUGGAGUGUGAGUGUGAGUGUGUGUCUAACGGACUCCCGGACGGAGGGCUGCUGGAGUGUGAGUGUGAGUGUGUGUCUAACGGACUCCCGGACGGAGGGCUGCUGGAGUGUGAGUGUGAGUGUGUGUCUAACGGACUCCCGGACGGAGGGCUGCUGGAGUGUGAGUGUGAGUGUGUGUCUAACGGACUCCCGGACGGAGGGCUGCUGGAGUGUGAGUGUGAGUGUGUGUCUAACGGACUCCCGGACGGAGGGCUGCUGGAGUGUGAGUGUGAGUGUGUAUCUAACAGACUCCCGGAGGGAGGGCUGCUGGAGUGUGAGUGUGUAUGUAACAGACUCCCGGAGGGAGGGCUGCUGGAGUGUGAGUGUGUAUGUAACAGACUCCCGGACGGAGGGCUGCUGGAGUGUGAGUGUGAGUGUGUAUCUAACAGACUCCCGGAGGGAGGGCUGCUGGAGUGUGAGUGUGUAUGUAACAGACUCCCGGAGGGAGGGCUGCUGGAGUGUGAGUGUGAGUGUGUAUGUAACAGACUCCCGGACGGAGGGCUGCUGGAUUGUGAGUGUGAGUGUGUGUCUAACAGACUCCCGGACGGAGGGCUGCUGGAGUGUGAGUGUGAGUGUGUGUCUAACAGACUCCCGGAUGGAGGGCUGCUGGAGUGUGAGUGUGAGUGUGUGUCUAACAGACUCCCGGAUGGAGGGCUGCUGGAGUGUGAGUGUGAGUGUGUGUCUAACAGACUCCCGGAUGGAGGGCUGCUGGAGUGUGAGUGUGAGUGUGUGUCUAACAGACUCCCGGAAGGAGGGCUGCUGGAGUGUGAGUGUGUGUCUAACGGACUCCCGGACGGAGGGCUGCUGGAGUGUGAGCGUGUGUCUAACGGACUCCCGGAUGGAGGGCUGCUGGAGUGUGAGUGUGAGUGUGUGUCUAACGAACUCCCGGAUGGAGGGCUGCUGGAGUGUGAGUGUGAGUGUGUGUCUAACGGACUCCCAGACGGAGGGCUGCUGGAGUGUGUGUGUGUGUCUAACAGACUCCCGGACGGAGGGCUGCUGGAGUGUGAGUGUGAGUGUGAGUCUGUCUCUUGAGAUCCAAUUGCCAUGGGACAAUGUCAGAGUGCGGGGCCUCCGGGAGGGGAUGAGGUUACCAGGGUAGAGCUGUCAGGAGUGGGGUCCGUGCCCCUCCUUUUUAACCAAGAGGCCCUGGAUAGCCGCCCUGCCCUUCUUCCUGGGAGAAGCCGCCAUCUACGAACCAGGAAACAGGCCCUCCCCUCGUCACAGGAAACUUGCCAGCAACUUGGUGUUGACCGUCUGGCCUCCAUAACCAGGAGCAAUGAAGCUCUGUUGUUUGCGAGUCCCCCAGUCCAAACAGCCUGAAACAAGGUAGGGAUGGGGUCAGGGCACACCGCAGACCCUGGUGGCCGCGGGUCGGAGGAGCAGUGAAGGUGUCACAGGGAGUCAUUGCGUGACAUCAGGCCACUCUCGGGGGCACCAUUAGAGCAGAGGCCUAAGUCAAGACGGCUGAUGGUCUCAGAAAGGUGUUCCCGAAGGAGGUUACACCAGGCCAGACGUGGAGGCUCAGGCCUCCCAGCACUGUGGAAGGCCGAGGCGGGAUGAUCACUUGAGGUCAGGAGUUCAAGACCUGGCCAACAUGGCAAAAUCCCCUCUCUACUCAAAAUACAAAAAUUCGGGCCGGGCGCGGUGGCUCAAGCCUGUAAUCCCAGCACUUUGGGAGGCCGAGGCGGGUGGAUCACGAGGUCAAGAGAUCGAGACCAUCCUGGUCAACAUGGUGAAACCCCGUCUCUACUAAAAAUUACAAAAAAUUAGCUGGGCACGGUGGUGCGUGCCUGUAAUCCCAGCUACUCAGGAGGCUGAGGCAGGAGAAUUGCCUGAACCCAGGAGGCGGAGGUUGCGGUGAGCCGAGAUUGCGCCAUUGCACUCCAGCCUGGGUAACAAGAGCGAAACUCCGUCUCAAAAAAAAAAAAAAAUACAAAAAUUCGUCAGGUGUGGUGGUGGGCGCCUGCAGUCCCAGCUACUUGAGAGGCAGGAGAAUCGCUUGACUCAGAGUGAAAGAAAGGUGGCCGGGGCUCUGCGUUCCAGCCUAAGUGAAAGAGUGACACCUUGUCUCAAAAAAAGAACAACAACAAAAAAGAGGUUCUGGCCAGUGCGAAGGUCCUGAGGCAGGCGCGUGAUCAGGGGCCCAGAGAACAGCAAAGAAGAGGCUCACGGGGCUGGAUGCCCCCAAGCCCCGUCCUACCCGCCACCCGCAGACCCUAAGCUAUGACCAGUGCCUUCAGGACACCAGCCUCCCCCAAGCCACUGUGAUGACAGGAACAGCCUUACAACAGCUCAGCCAUGGGAGCCCCCCCAGGCCCUGCAGGCACCACUUGUGACCCUGAGGCACAACGCAAACCCCAUCUGCAACCCCUGGGAUGUCCAAGGCACCAAGCCCAGUUAUAGGCCCGCUUCAUGGGGGACCAUCUUUCAGGAGUCCUGGGCAAAGUUUCCACCUGAGGAUCAGCUCGGGCUGAACUAAAACACAUUUCUCUGGGGUGAUCGCCAGGGGAUAAACCCAGCUCAGCCUCAGGAGCUGCUUCCAGCCCUUGAAAGCCUUUCUCCCACUGAAGGAGGAAAGAACACAGCCAGAGGACAAGUGCUCAGGGAGACGUGGGCGCAGCUGUCACCCAUGCAGGGACAGACCCGCACCCUCCAGCAUCCUUAGGCACAAAGCAAGUCCCACCGGGGCUUCCUGGGAUGUUGAGGGCCCACAGUCGCCUGAGCCCCACUUCGGGGAUGCUAAGGAAGCCUCGGAGAAAGUCAGCUGAGCAGUGCCGGCUCUGGGUGGGAGACCGAGGUCAAGGCUAUCUGGCUCUCAAAGGUCAUCAGCCCUGCCCCCUGUCCCGGCCCCUUAGCCCAGCCCACAAGGGGCAAGAAGGAGGAGGGGACAGCAGCUCGGAGAGUGUAAGUGACCUCCCCACAGCCACCACCCAAAGAGCCAUCAAGCACAGGCUCCCACCUGCGUGCUGGCCCCAGCUCUGGCCAUGGCAAAUCUUGUGCCUUCAGAUGGGCAACCUGACCACACAAGCCUCGGCUUCCCCAUCUGAACAGCAGAGAGGCGCCUCUCUUCCCAUUGUGGACGAAGUAGGAAGUGUGGCCACAGCACAGCAAUCACGUCCACCAUCACAGCCGCAGCAACGGACAACCUUCACGCAGCCCUCAAGACCACCAGCACUUCCUAAGCACUGAGCGCGUGUCUCUUCCUGUAAGCCCCAGGCGCUCUACGAGGUACUAAACAUUGUCCUCAUUUUCCAGAUGAGGAAACGGAGGCUGAGAGGGACUGGCUCAAAUGCACACAACUCCAAAGAGGCCGAUUCAAGCCUGAGCCCAGGACACGCAGCCAGGCCCCUGAGCCCACCCUGUCUUUUUUGAACUUUUUAUUUUAAGAUAAUUGUAGAUUCACAUGCAAUUGGAAGAAACAGUAUCUCAAGGCUCGGUGUGGUGGCCGGUGCCUGUAAUCCCAGCACUCUGGGAGGCCAAGGCUGGCGGAUCACUUGAGGUCAGGAGUUUGAGACCAGCCAGACCAACAUGGCAAAACCCCAUCUCCACUAAAAAUCCAAACAUUAGCUGGGCUUGGUGGCACAUGCCUGUAGUCCUAUCAACUUGGGAGGCUGCGGCAGGAGAAUUGCUGGAACCUAGGAGGCAGAGCUUGCAGUGAGCUGAGAUCGCACCACUGCACUGCACUCCAGCCUGGGUGACAGAGCAAGACUCGGUCUCAAAAAAGAAAAAAAAGAAAAUCUGGAGAUCCCAGGAUUCUGUGCACCCUUCACUCAGCCUCCCCCAAGAAUAGCAUCCUGAGACAGCCACAAUUCAUUGUCUGUAUCAUAUAGAAAGGCAGCAUGGACACAGCCAGCUGCAUGCGGACCACAGCAGCAUCCAGUGCACUCACUUGUAUGAGUAUGUGCGUGUGAGUGUGCAGUGCAUCUGUGCAGGACUGAGUGUGUGUGUGCAUGUACAUGUGUGUGAGUAUGCAUGCGAGUGUACAUGUGCAUGUGUGCAUGUAUGUGUGUACAUGUGGGGGGGUGUGCAUGUGAGUGUGAGCGUGUGUGCAUGUGAGUAUGCGUGUAUUUAGUUCUGUGUGUUCUCAUCACGUGUAGACUCCAGUGAUGGCUCCUGGUCCGUGCCGAGCUGCCCCAUCACCAAGGCCCCUGUGCUGACCUCUGCUCUGAACCUCAACCAGGACUCUUCCCCACUGGGAGAGAGAGCUCCCAGCAGAGAAGAAAAGAAAAAUGGAUGAAACUCAAACUUAAGUCCAACCUUGAACCUUGUGGUUACACUCGCGGAGGUCCAGCCAGGGAAGCGCUGCGUGGACCCCUCCAGAGUCCCCCGAGACG